UCCUCCAGCUCAAAACACUUGAGUCAGUUCCCAAAAGAGAAUCCAACAUGAAGUUCGCCGCCGUUAUCGUCCUUUCCUGCCUGCUUGCCAGCGUCCUGGCUGCUCCUCCAGCCUCGGAUGCCCAGGUGCUGCGCUUCGACAGCGACGUCCAGCCCGAGGGCUACAAGUUUGCCGUGGAGACCAGCGACGGCAAGUCGCACCAGGAGGAGGGCCAGCUGAAGGACGUGGGCACUGACCACGAGGCCCUUGUGGUGCGCGGCUCCUAUGCCUAUGUCGGUGACGAUGGCCAGACCUACACCAUCAACUACCUGGCCGAUGAGAAUGGCUUCCAGCCGGAGGGCGCCCAUCUGCCCAGGGCCGUCCAACCGUUCGGUCGCAGGUUCCCCAUCGAAUUCCCCAAUAAAAAACUCCAAAUUAAUUCAGCCAUGAAGUGCGCCAUUGUCCUCGUCUUCGCCGCCCUCUUCGCCGUUGUCCUGGCUGCCCCCGCUCCCGAUGCGGAGGCCCAGAUCCUGCGCCUGGAGUCCGAUGUUCAGCCCGAGGGCUACAACUUUGCUCUGGAGACCAGCGAUGGCAAGAAGCACGAGGAGCAGGGACAGCUGAAGGAUGUGGGCACUGAGCACGAGGCCAUCGUUGUCCGCGGCUCCUACUCCUUUGUGGCCGAUGAUGGCCAGACCUACACCGUCAACUAUGUGGCCGAUGAGAAUGGAUUCCAGCCCGAGGGCGCCCAUCUGCCCAAUGUGCCCAUCAGCAACUAAAGCGGAUGUGCUAACCGAGAGCUGUUCUAUUCUAUAAUGGUUUCUAGUUGAUUAUUAAA